AAGUAAAUAAACACAUUAAGGAAACAAUCUGAUUAUAGUAGCUUUUAAUGUGAAGUUCAAAACUUCAAAACAACACAAAAAGUUAACAAAUGGCAAAGAGUAUAGAAUAAAAGAUGCUCCUACCUGAUGGAACCUUUCAAAGGAUAUCCCCCCAAAAUGAAAUACCAUCAAAGAAGUCAUAAAGAAAAUGAUAAAGUGAAAUUCAACUCACACAACAUAACAUAUAUACAAGCUUCUCUGUUUUGUGUUUUUUAAGGAACAUAUUCAUAAAUAAAAAUUCUAUUGUAUGUAACACAUUAGAAGAUGAAAAUUAUGAGACAUUUUCUCAAGCUGUUAACUGAAAAUAAACAUGGUCAGACACGUAAAUUAUGCAGAGGUUUCUGUCUGGGAACUCAGCUUUCUCCAAACCAAGAUGAUUCAACAGAUGAAUUUUCUUUGGUUUCGCCAAAAAUUAGACUAAGAGAUGGUAGAAACUUGGCUUAUGUUGAGAGAGGUGUUCCUAAAGAUAAAGCAACAUACAAGAUCAUCAUUGUGCAUGGUUUUGGAAGCUCCAAAGAGAUGAAUUUUUCGGCACCACAAGAAUUGAUAGAUGAACUGGGAAUUUAUCUUUUGCAAUAUGAUCGAGCUGGAUACGGAGAAAGUGAUCCAAAUCCGAAACGUUCAUUGAAAAGUGAAGCGCUUGACAUCGAAGAACUUGCUGAUCAGCUACAAAUCGGAGCAAAUUUUUAUGUAAUUGGAGUCUCAAUGGGUUCAUAUGCUACUUGGAGUUGUCUAAAAUAUUUGCCCCACAGGCUUGCGGGGUUGGCACUGAUAGCACCAGUUAUCAAUUACAGAUGGCCUUCUCUCCCUGGUAGUUUAGUAAGAGAGGACUAUAGGAGGAGAUUUAUUAAGUGGGCACUGUGGCUUGCAAAUCACUGUCCUAAACUAUUGCAUUGGUGGGUCACUCAAAAGUGGCUACCUUCAACUGCUGUCAUAGAAAAAAAUCCAACAUUUUUCAACAAAAAUGAUAUAGAUAUUUUGAAGACUAUUCCAGGGUUCCCAAUGUUAUCAAAGGACAGAUUAAGGGAACAAGUUGUUUUCGACACACUUCGCCAUGAUUGGAGAGUAGCUUUUGGAAAAUGGGAAUUUGAUCCAAUGAAGCUAAGCAAUCCAUUCCCUAACAAACAAAGUUCAUUUCACAUUUGGCAUGGAUAUGAAGAUAAAGUUGUUCCUUCUGAAUUACAAAGAUUUGUUUCAGGGAAGCUACCUUGGAUUCAAUAUCAUGAAGUACAUGAUGGUGGCCAUUUAAUUGUAUACUAUAAGGGAUUAUGUGAAGCUAUUUUGAAGUCACUUUUACUUGGUCAAGAAAAUCAUGCAUAUAAACCUAGAUCAUCUUUGUUAUUCAAAGAUGAAUGCUACCAAGAAAUCUAGCACACUUUUUUUAUUUUACACAUUUGUUCAUUUAGAUGAGUCUCACUUAUUAGGCGAGACAGAUAUAAACUUUGUCUAAUAAUCAAAUUUGUGCUAUAAAAAGUGUGUUAGAUUGUAUGUUACUAGUAAAAAUUUUCAAUGUCAUGAUUUCAUUAUUUAAUUCAUAUUAACAUUUGUUUAAUAUAAUGUCAAUUGUAUAAAAUGUCAAUGUGUGUAAAUUACAUCUGUUAUUGGUAUGCUGCAGACUUAUACUGAUACAAAUCAAGAUAUUGAAA